GAAAUACGUCAUAGUUUGUGAGGUCGACUGCAAUCACGAGAUUUUAGACGACACAUUAACCAAAUCAGAAUUGAAUUACUUGGUUUAUCGGUGGUAAAAUGGCACUCAGUGAUGCAGACGUCCAGAAACAGAUUAAGCACAUGGUUGCAUUUAUAGAACAAGAAGCAAAUGAAAAAGCUGAAGAAAUUGAUGCCAAGGCUGAGGAAGAAUUUAAUAUAGAAAAAGGAAGACUUGUACAACAGCACAGAGUAAAGAUUAUGGAAUAUUAUGAAAAGAAGGAAAAACAAGUAGAAUUACAAAAGAAAAUUCAAAACUCCAACAUGUUGAAUCAGUCAAGAUUAAAGAUUCUGAAGGCAAGAGAAGAUCAGUUAAAGGAACUAUUAGAAGAAGCCAGAACUAAACUACACAAUAUUACAAAAGAUAAAGCUAGAUACAGGAAAUUAUUGGAAGGUCUGAUCACUCAGGGUCUUUUCCAGCUGUUAGAGGGGAAAGUACAAAUUAUGUGUAAACCAGAAGAUACCAGUGCUAUACAGGAAUUACUGCCAUCAGUAACUAAGAAAUACAAAGAUGCUACAAAGAAAAAUGUUGUAGUGACAAUUGAUCAAGAAAAUAGACUAGGUCCAGAUAUAUCUGGUGGUGUUGUAUUACUGGCAGUUAACAAUAAAUUGAGAGUAGAGAAUACAUUAGAAACCAGAUUAGAUUUAAUUAGUCAACAGAUGGUACCAGAACUAAGGAGCAUUCUCUUUGGAAAGAAUCCAAACAGGAGGUUUAUGGAUUAAUGAUACAGAUCUUACUAAACAUUCCAUGACUUUAUCUUAGGCUAGAUUGAGUAAUGAACAUUAGUAUUAUCACUUCUACAGGCAAAUUUCUGGGUACCAUUAAGCUUUGUACCAUUAGACUAAUAUCCUGUAAACUAGUAUUUAUAGUAUCAACUGUCUUAAUUUAAAAAUCUGUUGGCACUUAAGAUUUUUGUAUAAGGGGGUCUUGUUUUUCUUAAAAGAUCCUUAUAGAUUUUUCGAAGUUGUUGUCUAGUCAUUGAGGGGAAAUUAAAUUAUGUCCCCAAAAAAAUAUGAAUACGCCAACUGAAUUACCCAGAAGCGUAUUUGUAUUCUAACAUACAAAUGCCAGUAGCAAAAGUAUAGUUUUAGAUUAGGGGGCUAAAUUUAAAUGAUUUUUGAUUUACCAGAAGUUUAAGACAUUUUUAUGUAUUAGGUUCACAAUGAUGUGAAAUUCAAUACAUAUUACAAUUUUAGAUGUUGGUACAUUGUAACACGAGUGAGAGAAGAAAUUUUGAAGAUGUUUAAAAGAAAACUAAUGUCAUCUUCUCGGAACAUUUUAUUCGGAAUUUAUCUUUGUUGCAAUCAUUAUUCUAGUCAAAUUGCAAUAGAAACAAAAAGGCUUAGAGCCUUAAGAGUAUCUACUUUAUCAUUAGCAUGUUACAUAUUAUAUUUUGAUUUUAACAAAUAAACAGGAUGUGGACAAAGUCUUAGCACUAUGGAUAAAGUGUCAAAAUAUUAAGUAGCUGAAUUUGUAGUGACUAAUAAUUUACACUGUUUAAGACGUAUAGUGAAGUAUGUUAAGUUAUAUGUAAUCAAGUUUAUCUAGAUAUUUUCAUUUAAUCAUGUGAUCAUUUCUCUGGUAGAAAAGUUAAUUGUUUAUUGUCUGUAUGUCUAAUAAAUGUAAAAAAGUUAA